AAGCGGCGGAACGACCUUGCUCUGCUUGUUGCCUCUUUAAAGUCGCCUCGCCUGGGCAUGCUCAGUCGGCAGGCUCGGUUUGGGUCCACAAGUCGGAAGCUUGUGCACUGCUCCAGCGCUGAGCCGCCGUGGGGAAAAAAUGGAGCCGUUCACCAGUGAUCGGCUUCAGCUCCCCAGGAACAUGAUUGAAAACAGCAUGUUUGAGGAAGAACCGGAUGUGGUGGAUUUAGCCAAAGAACCUUGUUUACAUCCCCUGGAACCUGAUGAGGUGGAAUAUGAGCCUCGAGGUUCAAGAUUACUUGUUCGUGGUCUUGGAGAACAUGAGAUGGAUGAAGAUGAAGAGGAUUAUGAGUCAUCAGCAAAACUGCUGGGCAUGUCUUUCAUGAACAGAAGCUCGGGUCUACGGAAUAACAUAGCUGGCUAUCGACAGGGUCCUGAUGGACCUUGUUCACUGCCCUCGGGAAGGACCAUGCUGGUGUGUACUUUUGUCCUUGUGGUUGCUGUUUCAGUGAUAAUGGUGAUUUACCUUCUUCCCCGGUGUACCUUUACCAAAGAAGGCUGCCAUAAGAAAAAUCAGUCCAUGGAACUAAUACAACCUAUUGCAACUAAUGGGAAGUUGUUUCCUUGGGCACAAAUUAGGCUUCCCCAAAACAUAAUACCAUUACGAUAUGAACUCACCAUACACCCAAACCUCACCACAAUGAAAUUCAAGGGUUCUGUGGAGAUAAAGAUUCAGGCUCUUAAAGUCACUCAGAACAUUAUUCUUCAUAGCUCUGGGCACAAUAUCUCCAAAAUAUUAUUUACUUCAGGAGUUUCGAAGCAAGAGAAACAGGUUGAAUUCUUGGAAUAUAAAUAUCAUGACCAAAUUGCAAUUAUAGCACCUGAAGUGCUUUUGGACGGUCACAACUACACCCUGAAGAUAGACUACUCAGCAAAUAUGUCCAACAACUACUAUGGAUUUUAUGGAGUCACAUAUGAAGAUGAAAAUAAAGAAGAAAAGUACUUUGCAGCAACUCAGUUUGAACCUCUUGCAGCAAGGUCUGCUUUUCCUUGUUUUGAUGAACCAGCAUUUAAAGCAACAUUUAUCAUCAAGAUUGUCAGGGAGGAGCACUAUACAGCUUUGUCAAAUAUGCCCAAGAGGUCAUCUGUUCAAAUUGAAGAUAAGCUUAUUAAAGAUGAAUUUUUUGAGAGUGUGAAAAUGAGUACAUAUCUUGUUGCCUUCAUUGUGGGAGAACUGAAGAAUAUGACCCAGGAAACCAAUGGAACUCUGGUUUCCGUUUACACUGUCCCAGAGAAGAUUGACCAAGUCAAACCUGCUCUUGAUACAGCAGUGAAGCUUCUUGAAUUUUUUCAGCACUAUUUUGAAAUUGACUAUCCUCUUCAGAAAUUAGAUUUGGUAGCUAUUCCUGAUAUUCAAGCUGGAGCUAUGGAAAAUUGGGGUUUAAUCACUUUCCGAGAAGAAACACUUUUAUAUGAUAAUGAAACUUCUUCAGUGAUGGAUAAAAAGCUGGUUACAAGAAUAAUUGCGCAUGAGCUAGCUCAUCAGUGGUUUGGCAAUCUAGUAACUAUGCAGUGGUGGAAUGAUCUUUGGCUAAAUGAAGGAUUUGCUACUUUCAUGGAGUAUUUCUCCUUGAACAAAAAUUUCAGACAGUUAUCAAGUUAUGAAGAUUUCUUGAAUGCUCGUUUUAAGACCAUGAAGAAGGAUUCUUUGAAUUCAUCUCAUCCAACCUCAUCUUCUGUUAAGUCUUCAGAGCAAAUUGAAGAAAUGUUUGAUUCACUUUCAUAUUUUAAGGGAGCAUCUCUUUUGUUAAUGCUGAAGACUUUUCUGACAGAAGAUGUGUUUCAACAUUGUAUCAUACUUUAUUUACAAAAUUACAGUUAUGCAUCAAUUCAAAGUGAUGACCUUUGGAAUACUUUUAAUGAGGUCACAAAAAGUCUGGAUGUAAAAAAGAUGAUGAAAACUUGGACUCUACAGCCAGGAUUUCCUUUAGUGACUGUUCAAAGAAAAGGGAAACAAAUUUUAGUACAACAAGAGAGAUUCUUUCUAAGUACUACAGAUUCUGGAAUUCAUCCUUUGGAUUCAAGCCAUCUGUGGCAUAUUCCACUUUCCUAUAUAACAAGUGACUGUAAGGCACCAGACUGUCCUUAUGUGGCAUUACUAGACAAAAAAUCAGAUGUCCUCAAUCUUACAGAAGAAGUACAGUGGAUUAAGUUCAAUGUAGAAAUGACUGGGUACUACAUAGUACACUAUGCAGAUCAUGACUGGGAAGCACUCAUUCAGCAAUUGCAAAGAAACAUUAGUGUCCUGAGUGACAAAGACAGAGCCGGCCUUAUCAACAAUAUUUUUGAGCUUUCAAGCUUAGGAAAGGUACCUCUGAAAAAGGCCUUUGAUUUGAUUGAUUACCUUGGAAAUGAAACCCACACUGCACCCAUCACUGAAGCCCUCUUCCAAACUGAUCUCAUCUAUGACCUGCUUGAAAAAAUUGGAGAGCUAGAGCUAGCUAAAAGAACUGUGAAUAGAGUGGCGAAAUUACUUCAACAGCACAUCCAGCAACAAACUUGGACUGAUGAGGGGACCCUGUCAAAGAGAGAACUCCGGUCAAUCCUGCUAGACUUUGCCUGCACCCAUCAUCUAGAGAACUGUACUACACAAGCCAUGAAGCUAUUUCAAGAAUGGGUAGAUUCUAAGGGUACUAAAAGCUUGCCAACUGAUGUCAUGCCAGUGGUAUUCAAAGUGGGAGCAAAAACUGAGGCAGGCUGGACAUUUUUGUUUGAAAGAUAUGGCUCCUCAGAAUCAGAAUCUGAAAGAAACAAAAUCCUUGAAGCUCUUGCCAGCUCAGAGGAUGUUCGGAAACUUCACUGGUUAUUGAAAGCUAGUCUUGAUGGAGAUAUCAUCCGUUCACAAAAGUUGGCCAUCAUCAUUAAAAUUGUUGGCCGAAGUUUUGCUGGACAUUUAUUGGCAUGGGAUUUUGUCAAAGAGAAUUGGAGUAGGCUUAUACAGAAAUUCCAUUUAGGAUCCUAUACCAUUCAGAAUAUUGUUGCUGGCACAACUCAUCUGUUUUCAACAAAGACACAUUUGUCUGAGGUACAGAUGUUCUUUGAAGCCCAAUCAGAGACAACGGCAAGACUCCGUUGCGUUCAGGAGGCCAUUCAGAUCAUCCAGUUGAAUAUCCAGUGGAUGGAGAACCACUUAAAAAAUCUGCCUUUGUGGCUGUAGAGUCCAUGCCAUCAUCGAUUUGUGUUUGACAUUCAGAAAGUUUGUGAAAUGUUCAUCUGUUGUUGCUUUUGCAAAAGCCAGGAUGAAACCGGGUAUCACUGCAAAGCUGUUUGCACUAUUAGGCAUUCUAGUGAGCUCAGGGCACGUCCUUUUGAUAGUUUGUCUGUGUUUUCUAGAGUGCCUCUGGGUAGGAUAUAGAAUAUUUAUUAUGGAACUGUGUUUACCUGUGUCCACCAAAUAUUUGCAAGAAUAUUUAAAUUAAGAACAUACAAAUGAAAAGGGAUGGGGAGGUGAGAUUCCAUUUUGAAACUGGUUUGGGUUUUCAAUAUUGGAAAAGUAUUGACACAGUGAAAAAAGAGAAGAGCUAUUAUGUAAGCUUUCUUCUUUGCAAAAUUCUAAUUUAUCAGUGUCCCUUAGACCAAGACCUUGUUGCUUUAUGGUUACUCUUCAGAAUAUAAGGCCUAGUAAAACCUCAGAAAGUUUCAUAGGGAAGCCAGAUAAUGAAACAUUUAGCUAUAGUGAAUUAAAGCCAAGUGUUAAUGGGUUGGGUUUGGCUUCAAAUUAUGAGUAUGCAACUUUUAAAAAAAUUUCAUUAUAAAUAGGAUAUAGAGCUGUUGUUUGUAUUUUUGUCUGCUGAGUAGCCAGGUGCUACAAAUCUUAAAAAUAUCUAUUAUAUAUGAAAGCCAAAUAUCUGGAAAGAAUCUAAAUUGUUGGGUCUAUUUUGAUUGUGUGUAUGUGUAUGUGUGUGUGUGUGUUCAUAUAUUUGGACAUGUUUGUUUGUUCACUUACUUUUGGGCAGCCCCUAAAACAUUGCCAUAGGAAAUUACUCCAGGUUGGGUCAGAUGUUAAUUGUAGUUUAACUUUUUCCUUAACUACUGAUUUUUUCCACACAGUUUCCUCCCCUCUCCAAAAACAUCUCUAACCAAAACCAUUCCCAUAUACUCCAAUAUCAGCUCAGCCCACUCCCUAACUUUUGAAUUUAGGGACAUAUCAUUAAAUAGUAUGUUUUAUGUUCUGGUAGCACUCAUGUCUUUUAAAUUUGAUUUCCCAUUGUCUUAGUUGCCUUAGAGAUUAAAGAGAUUUUCUUACCAGAUUGUCCUCAUUGAUGUAUUUUUAUUUGACUUGAUGAAGAAGUAUUAGUUUAUGGUUUUCAGGACAUUUUAGAAACCAAAAUAUUUCAUGUGAUAUUUCACCUUUUACUUGGAAGGAAGAAAAGAUGAAGUUUCUUAUAAAAAUGUUUGACUUUUAAUUUUUUUAGUUUCAGAAACAGUACAUAAUUGAAAACUUCUUUUUCUGUUAUUUUAAUUAAAGUAACAGUUAUUUUUAAGGAAAUAGUAAAGCCAAGCCCAGAGCAACUGUGAACUAUGCCAUUCUGACACUUGCUGUGAGGCUAUAGAAGCUGUACCUGAAUAAUUUGGACUAUGCAGACACAGUUCCAGAUUUUUAUGUUUCACUCCUUAGGAGAAAAGAUUCUUCUUCAAAUUCUUGGGUUGUUUUUUUUUUUUCCACAAUUUGCUUUAAAAUAACUUUCUAUUUUUUAAAAAAGAGACCUUUGUGUUGCUUUUGAAAUGUCCAUAGUUGAAUGAUAGGAAAGGGUACAUUUGUCAUUUAGUAAGAAAGUUAUUAGUCAAAUAUCAGUUAUUUUAACUUAUAUAUGAGAUUGUUUAUGAAAUUAUAUUUUAUUUUGUGUAAAAUAUUUUUAUAUUGAAUUUAAAAGGAAAACAAGUUACACAAUAGCCUUUUUUUUUUUAAAAAUUAGGAAAUGAUAGUUUGUUCUUUUUUCCUAGUGCACUUUCUUUCCCAUCACUUAUCUCCAUCAAUUUCAGAAUAGAAAAUAUAAUAAAUAUCCUGACAAUCACAUUUAAGAUACCAGGGUGCCAUGUUGAGACUAUUGGAAACUUAGGAAUUUAGCUUAUUUUUAUGCUUAGAAAAUUAAGGGACAAAUUAAUUGAUAUGAGAAAACUUAUGAUUCUAAAUUUGAAAGUCAGUUGACUUUGGAGGAUUUUUUAAAAUCAUAUUGUAUUACUGAAGUAGUUUAUAUUUUUCUCCAAUAUUUCUCAGAUUUAGAAAUAGAAAUUCCUUAGUCACACUUGCCCUUUAUUAUACUGUUCUACUAUAUACAUAUAUAAUACAUUUCCAGUCUCUAAGGCAUUUCUUCUUUUGAAAUUUACUUUUUCUUUUUAACUGUGGCACUGUAAGUGGAGCCAAAUAUUCUGUAUUAAGCAUUAUAGAAGAAGAGAUUUCUCAUGAUCCAUUUCUGAUCUUUUUUUUUUUUUUUUUUCAGAUAAUGUUUAUUUCCAUGCCUCGGUUUUGUACUCAUUGGGCUAAAUACUUGAUAGUGUCAGACUUAUUCUGAACCCAUCCAUAUGACAACUGUUUUUGAAACUAUAGAAUGAAUCAUAAGGAUUCAAGAUUAAUGAGACCUGAUAGAUAGAGGCAUGCUUUUGCAUAAACUCACAGAUUGAUGACUGAAAAUUUAAUGACUCUUUAUACCUUGUACAAAUAGGGUUUGGGCACCUAACAGAGUAGAGGAUGGUGGAGGAAAAUUAAUUCAUUUUGAAGCAAUGAAGCUUAAAAGAGAGAAACAAAAGUAUAUUGCCCAAAGUGUGUUAUUUUCAAUAUAGAAAUAAUUGGAUGUUUUAGUCUGCAAAGUAUUUUGAAACUUCUACCAUAAGCUAGUGCCUUUUUGCAUUUUAUUAAGCUUAUUUAUAAACUACUUUUAAAAGCUAUUGUGGUGUUUGAUCAUUGUUGAAGAGUUUCAUAUAGUCCAAGAAUCUGUGAUAAUUCUAUCCAUCACAGAUUCCAACCUACAUUCAUUUUCCUCCAAAUGGUAAUUUAUUAAUAUCUAUUUUUGUAAAUAUGGAGAAUAAAAUGGGAACAGCCUAUACAAGUCUUGUUUCCAGAAAUUGACUGGAUUUAGAAUUAGAUUGAUAAAGAGAACUCAUAAUUUCAAAGUUUUGAAAAUAAUAUAAAGGAAUCUCAAGAUAGUAAAUAUUUGUGAGUUAAGUUAGUCAACAAGCAUUUAUUAAGCACUGAUGGUGCUAAUAGCCUAUUGAGAAUAGGACCCAUAGAAUAAGUUUUUGAAAGCACGAAGCCUAGGAUUAUGCCACAAAGAACUGUAAUCUAUAGCCAAACUAUUGCACAUUCAGAGCACUUAAAUAGAUAUAUUUUUCAUGUGAAUAUUGCAGAAUUAUAUCCCUUUUAUAAGAUGAAUUAUUUUUAAGGACUGUUGUAACUAUUUGACCUCGGUUUUUAGAGCUCCCUUAAGAAUUGAAAUCCUGUGCACUGUAUCUUUUUUCUCCCCCCAGCCCCAGAUGCUUUUAUUUUUUCCUAAGGUGUAUUUGUUAUGGGAUAUGUGUUUUUCUUUUUUUUCCCUCCAAAUGUAUGUAGUCAUGCAUGUUACACAUGCAUCCAUAAUUUGGUUUUGCUACUUUUUUCAGUCAUUUUUUCCCCAGGUACUAGUUAAUCUGCAGCAGUCCAUAUAGAUGGCUAUGUUUAUCUAAUGACUACAAAUGUACUUGACAAUUUCCAGUAUACUUCUAUUGUAAGCAGCCCAGGACUCUCUCUAGUUUUCUUUGCUUUAGGCUGGAUCUUUGUCCCUUGGCUUAAAGUUGCAUCAGUGUGGUGGCCUUGUUAAUGGUAGCAGAUGUGGAGUAAAUGAGAUGACUGACUGUUUAGAAAAGAAGGAAGGGAGAUGUUACAGACUUCUUAUGGAAACAAAUUAUAUCCAUCAUUACUUGUGAUGAAUAAAAGAUAUUGAAAACUCAGUAAAGCAAAUUUUUAGAAGGACAUAGAUUAGGGUGGGCAGGAAAAAAAGCUUAGAGAAGAUUAACUUGCCAGUUAUAUAAAAAUAAAACUGUGUAUGGUCCUAUAAAAUAAUAUCAUUGACUGUAAGAAGGACUCAGUUAAGGGAUUAUAAAAACUUAGCCUAUCUGAAAAUUGUUAGAAUUGUGAGAAAUCUGUAGAAUGCCAUUCUAGUUGUUUCAGUAACAUUGUGAGUAUGUGCUUAGUAAGUACUGUUAGUCAACAAUAUUUACUAAGGACCUACUAUGUGCCUAGGUAUUGUGCUCACUCAUUUGGUCACAAAAAAAGGUCAAAGAUAUUUUUUCUUUUUUGAGGAGCUCACAGUCUUAUUGAAAGACAUGUCUGUGUGCAAACAAGCUUCAUGUAGGAUAAAUUGGAGAUAAUCAAGAGAGGGAAAGUACUAGCAUGAAGAGGAAUCAGGAAAGGCUUCUAGAAAGUUCAAUUUUAGCUGGGACUUCAGGAAAGCCAGGAGAUAGAAAGGGAGAGAAUUCCAGUCAUAAGGGAUAGCCAGUGAAAAAUAAAUGGAGGGUGUAGUAUGAAGAACAGCAAGGAGGCUAGUGUUAUUGGACUUCAGAGCAUUGGGCAUGAGGGAUGGAAUAAGAUAUAAGGUGUAAGAGGUACUAAUUAUGAAGGGUUUUGAUUACCAGAGUAUUUAAUAUUUUAUCUCAAAGGUGAUAGGGAGUCACUGGAGUUUAUCCAAUGAAAGGCUAACAUGGUUAGCCUUGCAGUGAGUGAACAAUGACCUGAAGUGUCUAGUUCUAAGAUGAUGAGGGUCUAUACUGGAAUAUAGCACAUUGGGUGAUGUUUUCGAAUUUGUGUUCCUACAUUGUGGUCAAUACACAUAUGGGUACCACAUCAAAUGUGAUGUUAGUAGAUUUUUCUCCUUUGUGUCUAUGUGCUAGGGAUUUCACCCAUGCCUCCAAACCUGAUUUAUGACCUCUUCUUUGUCAUUAGAUGUUUUCCAUUAGAUAGAACAUUCCUUUUUCUGAUAUAAUUCUUGCUGUUGCCUGUCUUAGAGGAUAUUAUCUCUGAAAUGUAAAAUAAGACUGCCUCAUUAACGUACAUUUUUGUAUGCUUUUCAUGUAUCCAUAGACUAGUAUGUUAGCUUUCAGCAUUCUAGUAUCAUAUUUCACAGUUGCUUCAUCUGCCACAUGGUAAAUGUUACUGUUCCACAUUUGGCUAUAUCAAAGGAAAUGAAUGUGUAAACAUUUUAAUAGCAUCUUAACAUAAUUUGUUUUUACUGCUAUUUAUUAAGAUGCUACUCUGUCCUAAAGGUUUGUAUUACUUUAUUUUUUUCCCCCAAAGGGCAUUGACUUCAGGAAUGCCAUAUAAUUUCGAGGAAAGUUGCAAACAAAUGUUAUUUUCCAUAUUAAACUCUCAGGUUAUAUUGUUGAAAAAUUAGUUUAUUUUUUGCUGUUACUUAAAUCUGCUGCUGUAGUAGAAAUAUAGAAGUUUAUAUGUGAUCAUAAAUAAGGGAGAACGGGCACCUUUUUUGAGUUAGUCAUGCUGGUGAUUUAGUAAGUUCUUUAUGGUUCUCAAUCUAAAAUAUUUACUUCAAAAAGAAUCAGUUUUGGCCUGAUUGAAUAAAAUGCUCCAGAAGUUGCACUGAAAGAAACAAACCAUCGAUAAAAUAUAUAAUAUAUGUGUGUAUGUAUAUAUGAGAAUAUAUAAAAUGAUAUUACAAAUGGAGCAUUUGCAUCAACUUACUAAACUCACAUUGAGAGAAAACUAAGUCCUAUAACUAAGUCUUAGUCCAACUAAGUUUUGAUAAAGCCAAGUACUGUAGCUAUAAAGAAAAGUAGCUUUCAAGUACUUUGGGAAUUCAUAACUUAGAAACUUGUAAAGGAAUAAAUAACACUUUUGUAUUUUAAUGCCUUUAGACAUAUACAAUACAAAUCUUGUGUCUAUGCUUUGACCAGCGGAAUUCUAAGCUUGUAUCAUAACUUGCUUUUAGGUGGGAGAUUUUUGAAAAUAGGAUGUAUAUAUGAUAUUGUAUAUGCAAAUGUGUUUAGUUUCACUUGUAAAGGGGGGGAAAAGGCUUAUUUUCUUUACACUUCAAUAAAUGGUUUUGCAUAUUACCGGCACUGACUGAAAGGCAUGUGUAACUGCAUACACUGUUGCUUUUUUUGUGAAAUGAAAAUAAAUAUUUAAAUACAAGGA